AUGUCUACCACACAAACCGCGACUCAAACACGCACCGGCAACGCUCGCGGACGCGGCGCAAGCAGGGGCCGCCGUGGGCGCGGCGGCCAGAAGAAUAAUGCUGCCCGCGAUCCUACCCCCGCAUCCAAGCCUACAGACGCGCCCUCCGACGCAAACGGCGAGCAGCAGCUUGCACCUUCCGAGGCGGCCAGACAGGCUGCAGCCAAAGCUGAUGCCUCUGGCGUGGACGACGGCACCGUCUGCUGGAUCUGCGCCGAGCCCGUCAAGUACUGGUCUGUGUCGGAGUGCAACCAUCGGACGUGCCACGUCUGUGCCUUGCGCCUGCGCGCGCUAUACAAGAAAUUGGAAUGCACGUUCUGCAAGGAAUCCCAACCUUCCGUGAUAUUUACCACGUCCGCUGACGAGCUCUGGGCGGCAUACACCCCGGACAAGAUCCCCUACAAAGAUGCAAAGCUGGCCAUCUCGUUUGAGACACAGGAGAUGAUGGAGGAAACCCUCAUCCUCCUUCGGUUCAACUGCCCGGACGCGCAGUGCGAUUUCAUCGGCAACGGUUGGAGUGACCUCAAGCUGCACGCGCGUGCCAUCCACGGCAAGCUCAUGUGCGACAUCUGUAUACGAUUCAAGAAGGUUUUCGCCCACGAACAUGCGCUCUAUGAUCCGAGCCAAUUGCCCCUGCAUCUACCCAUGAUGGCACGGGGCAAUCGGCAUGGUCAUUCAAAGCCGUCGCAGCAAAUCGAGGGCGGCAUCCAUCCGCUAUGUGAGUUUUGCCGGGAGUGCUUCUUCGGGGAUGACGAAAUAUAUGCGCACAUGCGCGAGAAGCACGAAGAAUGCUUUGUCUGCAAACGCAACGAAGUGAAGGACCAAUAUUUCCGCAAUUACGAAGCCCUUGAAGAUCACUUCAUGCAUGCGCACUAUCCCUGCCGGCGCGCCGAAUGUCUCGCCCGCAAGUUCGUAGUCUUCGGCUCCGCAAUUGACCUCAAGGCGCAUAUGGUCGAGGACCAUGGCGCGGACAUGUCUGCUCGUGACCGCAGGGACGCUCGCCGCGUCGAGACCGAAUUCGAGUUCGAGGAAGUCCCCAGCGGCGCGGGCGCCCGCCGUGGCCGUCGUGAAAGAGGGGACCGCGACCGCGACCGAGAGCCUCCACCGCACACGCACCCGGCUGGUCAGCCCCCGGGUAGUGGCCCUCGCCCGCAGGCAGCUGGUACGCGCCGCAGGGAGGCGUUCAGCGGUGCUCUUACUGCCGAGGCUGCGCAGAGCCAGAGGCAGUCAGCGAACGCCAGUCAGCAGCAGCAACAGCAACAGCAGGCGGCCCGUCGCCAGUCGCCGUCGCCGGAUGUCGGAGACCUGUCGGCACUCGUCCGACGCCUGCAAGGGCUUGCGCCGAACCCGGCGACAGCGGUUCCGGCAGUGAAGGCGGCGGUACGCUCGUACAAGGCCUCCGAGUCGUCCGCUCGGGACCUCGUCUCGACCGUAUGGAACGUCCUCGAUCGCAACCUUGAUGGCACGGCGAGCGUCGUAAACACGCUAAUUGACAUCGUCGACGAGGAUGACAAGAAGCAGAGCUUGCUUAUCGCCUGGAACGGUUUCAAGGUUGAGCAACGGAAUCAGUUCCCGGAGCUCGUCCCUACCGCGACCGGCUCCGAGUGGUCGGGUGUAACAAGCGGCCGCGUGCUUAACGCGAAGAACUCCACUGUCGCGCGCUCGCACACGCAGUCCUCCCGCCAGCUCUUGGACCGCGUUGCACGCGCCGCCGCUUCGACAUCCGCCCAAGCUGGACCUUCCCGUGCUUCGGCCGUCAACAGUUUCCCACCGUUACAGUCUGGAGCGGCGUCCGGGUCGUCCGCGACGCCUUUCCGACCACAACAGCGCGUCACGCCCUGGGCGUCCGGCGGUGCUGCGUCCGCUCCAGCGCCCGCACCUGCACCCGUUGUGCGCGUCCCGACGUCAGUACCCGGGCCUGGGGCGAAGUCGAAGGGCGGUCCCGCGGCGUUCUCCAAAUCUGCAUUCCCCGAACUACCGAGCGGCAGUCAGCAGCGGGUGCCGAAGGGCGCGGUGGGCGGGAACCAGUCGCUCCGGAAGAUCCUGGGCGGGUCUGCGCCCGACCAACCGGCAUGGCAGAGCGGUGGCAAGGGUAACGGGUCUGGAGGGGACAGCGGAACGUCGACGCCCGGGGAGCCCUCUGCCCCGGCCGAUGGCGAAGCGAACGGUGCGGGUGGUCAGGGUCAGGGAGCGGGAGGCAAGAAGAAGGGCAAGGGCAAACAGAAGCAGACCUUGUUCACCUUGGGUUCGUUCCCUUCUUGAGGUAGCCGUUGACCGCAUAGGAGGAUGAGUAGUAGACCUAGAUGGAGCGUGACUUGAUGUAGCUAUUAGAUCCAGCUUUCAGCGUAUGUCGC